UUCUCCCCCUUUUUUUUCUUGAUCGAUCCUCAGAAGUAGUAGAGAAAACAGAGAGAGAGAGAGAGAGAGAGAGAGAUGAGUAUGUUUGGGCGUGAUCCAUGGGGAGGACCACUGGAGAUAAAUGCAGCAGAUUCAGCUACUGACGAUGAUCGGAGCCGGAACUUGCAGGAUUUCGAUCGUGCAGCUCUAUCUUCACGAGCUCUCGAUGAAACCCAACAGAGCUGGUUAUUGGGUCCAAGUGAACAGAAGAAGAAGAAGAAGUAUGUGGAUCUAGGUUGCAUCAUCGUGAGCCGAAAGAUCUUUGUUUGGACUGUGGGAACCAUUCUCGCUGCUGGAUUUCUCGCUGGAUUAAUCAUCCUCAUCAUCAAGACUGUGCCUCACCAUCACAAGCCACACCCUCCUCCUGAUAAUUACACUCUCGCCUUGCACAAGGCUCUGAUGUUCUUCAAUGCCCAGCGAUCUGGGCCGCUGCCGAAGCAUAAUAACGUUUCAUGGAGAGGAAAUUCCUGUAUGAAAGAUGGUCUUUCUGACCCUGCCAUUCAUAGAAAUUUAGUUGGUGGAUUUUAUGAUGCCGGAGAUGCUAUCAAGUUCAACUUCCCUCAAUCUUUCAGCUUGACCAUGUUGAGUUGGAGUGUUAUUGAAUAUAGUGCAAAAUAUGAAGCUGCCGGGGAGCUCAACCACAUCAAAGAGAUUAUCAAGUGGGGAACUGAUUUCCUCCUCAAGACAUUCAAUUCUUCUGCUGACUCCAUUGACAGGAUUGCUGCACAGAUUGGCGUGGGUGAUACUUCUGGAGGGAACACUAGUCCUAACGAUCACUAUUGUUGGGAGCGCCCUGAGGACAUUGAUUACCCUCGAACUGUAUAUGAAUGCCAUAGUUGUUCAGAUCUUGCUGCUGAGAUGGCUGCUGCUUUAGCUGCUGCAUCCAUUGUAUUCAAAGACAGCAAGACCUACUCACAGAAGCUUGUCCAUGGUGCCAAAACACUGUUUAAGUUUUCAAGGGAUCAACGAGGUAGAUACAGUCCAGGAGGGUCAGAUCCUUCACAUUUCUACAAUUCCACUAAUUACUAUGAUGAAUAUGUGUGGGGUGGAGCAUGGUUGUAUUAUGCUACUGGAAAUUCUUCCUACCUUCAACUGGCUACAACAACAGGCAUAGCCAAACAUGCUGGUGCUUUCUGGGGAGGCCCAGAUUAUGGUGUGUUCAGCUGGGACAACAAGCUUGCUGGUGCUCAAGUGCUUCUGAGUAGGUUGAGGCUGUUCUUGAGUCCUGGGUAUCCAUAUGAAGAAAUGCUAAGGACAUACCACAACCAGACUAGCAUAAUCAUGUGCUCAUAUUUACCAGUUUUCACCAGCUUCAAUCGAACGAAAGGAGGUUUGAUACAAUUAAACCAUGGAAGGCCUCAGCCUCUGCAGUAUGUGGUAAAUGCAGCAUUCUUAGCUACUUUGUACAGUGAUUAUCUUGAAGCUGCAGAUACACCAGGAUGGUAUUGUGGACCUAAUUUCUUCUCAACUGAUGUUCUACGCGAGUUCGCAAAGACCCAGAUCGAUUACAUCCUUGGCAAAAAUCCUCGGAAAAUGAGCUAUCUUGUGGGCUUUGGUAGCCACUAUCCUAAACAUGUACACCACAGAGGUGCAUCAAUCCCUAAGAACAGGGUAAAGUAUAAUUGCAAGGGAGGAUGGAAAUGGAGGGACAGUAAGAAGCCAAAUCCAAAUACAAUUGUUGGAGCUAUGGUUGCUGGCCCUGACAAGCAUGAUGGGUUCCAGGAUGUCCGUACUAACUAUAAUUAUACAGAGCCAACUCUUGCCGGCAAUGCUGGUUUAGUUGCUGCUCUGGUGGCUUUGUCAGGUGAGAAGCCUGGGAUUGACAAGAACACAAUUUUUUCAGCAGUUCCUCCAAUGUUUCCGACUCCUCCCCCACCUCCGGCGCCAUGGAAGCCAUGAGGUUGUCAAUGAUCAGUUCUAACCUGUCUCUCGAAAGUCUUGUGUAAGCUAAAGCAUUUGUGACUGCAGUGCAUUGGGACUUUUUGAUUGCUUUAAAGGAAAGAAAGCUCCAAUAAUGGUAACAAUGAUGAUGCAAUACUACACCAUGGGAGUGAAUGGAAUUGCCAUUUUGCCCUUGAAGCUGCAUGUCUGUCUGUCUGUUUGGAUUUCAUUAUACACAGUAUGUAUGUAUCAUGUAUUCUUUUGAAACACUGGAGUUCCAUAAUUCUAAACUUUUGUAAGAAAAUUUCAUUUUAUGA